AUGAAGUCCAUUGUUAUUCUUUUCCUGUUGUUCACUAUGGAAUCAAGUGCUUGGAGUAGUCCUGGUCCUGGAAGCGUGAACACCACUCUCUCAUGUGCAUGUGUGCUACGCGAUGCGUUAAUGGAGUUGAAUCUGAAGGCGGCAGAAACGUCAAGAAGCAUGACAACAACUCAGUCUCCAACGACCAUUGCUGAUGUAGAAGGAGACGAUGAAGAGACGAACAAAAAAUUCAUUCCUUCAAAGUAUUGGACCCUAUACAAAAGCAACAUCCUCAGAGCCAAGAAAAAUCCCGGGUCCUACAUGGAUCGCUUCCUGGCAUUGUUCCGCAAAAGAUCAACGACACCUUCUCCUUCUUUCCUUGUUCAAGAGGAUUCUCCAUUACAAUCCACUAUUACCAAUUUCGGGAAGACGAUGAUCAGCAAAUAUUUGAACAAACUUAAAUCUCAAUGGAAUCUCCUGGAUCGUUUCGUAUGUAGCUGUGAUGGUGAUGUGCUUCCAGUACUGAAUGCGAAGACGUACAUAACGAUGAGCCUCAUGCACGAUUAG